AGUUUCGUCUGUGACACUCUGCAUUUGGAACGAGUCAGGCCAUUUUUCUGCGAAGAGAAACCAGCAGGUUUUCUUAAGAUGGGAAGAAGCAGAGGAAUUUUCGUUCCAAGUUCAACGAAAAGGGUCUUCAUGCAACGCGAGUUUACUACCGGUGGAAAUCAAGGAAACCCUUUUCUCAAGGAGGAGGAAUGGCGAGUGCUCUUGCAAUUUCUCUUUUGUCUCUGUUACUACUUAGACCGUCAAAUGCAUCUACUCCGACUUCUGUUAAUGGGAAGCGCCGUCCGACGACCUGCAAUUUCAUUGGAUCUGUGGGCGGGGUGGUAGACUGCUCUACGCGCGUCGGCAGAGAAGAAAAAGUGGCUAUGGAGUUAGCUGUUGAAGAUUUCUGCACAUCAACCGGUUACGGAUUGGCUCUCAAGCUGCGAGAUUUAUCGGGGAAAACCGCCGGAACAGUUUCUGCUGUAUUUGAUCUCAUAAAACACCAGCAAGUGCAGGCAGUUGUGGGUACCCUGACAACACAGGAAGCUGCUGUGGUUGCAGAAAUGGAUGAAACUAAUAGUAGAGUACCGCUUAUUUCCUUGGAUACAGCUUCAAUAACUCCUUCAGUAAUGCCAGUAGACAUGCUACCUGUGAUCCACAUGGGUCAUGGCAUUUCUGUGGAGAUGAGAUGCAUUGCUGCAAUUGUUGGCUUCUUUCAGUGGCAAAAGGUGAUAGCAAUCUUUGAAGAUAAAUUUUCGUAUGGUAGAGAUUUAGGCAUCAUCACCCUUCUCUCUGAAACACUCCGAGGUGUUGGUGCAGAGAUGGAACACUACUUAGCUUUCCCGUCGAUGUCUUCUCUCUUGGACCCAAAAACCACCAUCCAGGAAGAGCUGAAGAGACUGAGGGAUAAGCAGGGCAGGGUCUUCAUUGUUGUUCAAUCUUCAUCACAAUUUACAGCUCUGCUGUUUGAACAGGCAAUGCAAAUGGAAUUGAUGGUGAAAGGCAAUGUAUGGAUUACUACAAACUUUAUUACUAGUCUUCUUGAUUCCUUUCAUUCAUCUGUGAUCACCUCCAUGGAAGGAGUAUUGGGCUUCAGAACUUACUUCUUAGACACUAGUGCAUCCUUCAAAAAUUUUAAAGCAAGAUUCCGGAGAAAGUUCCUAUCAGAAUAUCAUGAAGAAGAAGAGAACAUUGAACCCAGUGUAUUUGCGCUUCGUGCAUAUGAUGCAGUUUGGGCCAUUGCCAAGGCUAUAGAGAGGUUACCGGAGAACAGUAAAUCAAAAAUCUUACUGCCUACUAUCUUAUCCAGUAACUUCAGGGGCUUGAGCACUGAAAUACGUUUUAUGAAUUACAAACUAGUGCAUGCACCUGCCUUUCAGAUUGUCAAUGUUGUUGGUAAAAGUUACCGAGAGAUGGGAUAUUGGUCACCAAAAUUUGGUUUCUCAAGGACAAUGUUCAAAGACGAUGGUGCAGAGAGACAGAGAAACAGCAGCACUUCAGCUGAAGAUGUGUUGGGCUCAGUGUACUGGCCUGGAGGGAAAACUUCGGUCCCAGUUAGGUUGAUGGAAACCACGCUCUCUGGCAGACAAAAGCCACUGAGAAUUGGGGUUCCAGUGAGAUCAAACUUCACUCAAUAUGUGAAAGUAAUUCAAGAUGAGAAUGGGACAUAUUUCAGUGGAUUUUCAUUAGAUGUCUUCGACGCAGUCACAAAAUUAUUACCUUACCAGCUGCCCUAUGAAUGGAUCCCUUUUAAUGGUACUUAUGAUAAAUUGGUGGAAGCAGUUAAUCAAAAGGCUCUUGAUGCAGCUGUUGGUGAUAUGCAAAUAACAUCAGAUUGGUGCAAGCUCACAGAAUUCUCACAACCCUAUGUUGAAUCAGGGCUUGUGAUUGUAGUACCCGUAAAUUCAAAUGAAUCACAAGAGCCCUGGAUGUUCAUGAGACCCUUCACAUGGGGGCUGUGGUCUCUAAUGGCAGCAAUGAGUGUGUUCACUGGUGUAGUUGUAUGGUUUAUUGAACACCGAAGUAAUGAAGAUUUUAGAGGGCCGCGCCUGCAGCAAAUUGGAAAAGUUCUGUGGUUCUCUUUUACCACACUCUACCUGGGACAGAGAGACUCGCUCACCACUAAUUUGUCCAGGUUUGUGUUGGCCCCAUGGCUGUUCCUGAUCCUAGUUGUUGGUUCAACUUACACAGCAAGCCUUGCUUCAAUGAUGUCAAGCUUCAAGACUUGAACCAUCUGCCCUAGAUGUUGGAUCACUCAAGAAGACAAAUGCAGCUGUGGGGAGUGACCAAAACCCCUUAACUGUAGAGUAUUUGGUAAAUGUUUUGGGUUUUAAGCCUGAAAAUAUCAGGAGGAUUGGUUCAAUUGACGAUGCGGCAGUAGCUUUAUCAAGUGGAAGCAUAAGGCAACUUUUCCUUCUCAACCCACAUGCCAAAGUGUUUCUUGCCAAGUACUGCAAGGGCUUCACACUCGCAGGACCUACCUACAUGCUCGGCGGCUUUGGCUUUGUAUUUCCGAGGAAUUCUUCUCUGGCUUUUGAUGUUUCGGGGGCAAUUCAAAGAUUGACAGAGACAGGAGAUCUGCGGCAAAUGGAGCAAGCAAUGCUUUCUUUUCUGAAUUGCUCAGCUUUGCGAGUGGACACCAAUGCAGACCAAAGUUUAGGACCUGUGCCAUUCUCGGGCUUAUUCAUUCUCUCGGGUGGAAUUUCUUCAAUUGCACUGUUCAUCAUGGUCGCUCGCCUGCUGAUGAUGCAUUGGCAGGGGUCCUCCAUUCUUGCAGCAUUAGCCUGGGGAGAAAUUUGGAAACAUGCCGCGAUGCUACUUACAACCUUCAAAGGGAAGCUGAGUUCCACAGCCGGGUAACCAAAGAUAAUCCUUAUACCAUAAUAAACAACACAUUCCAAAAUGCUAAUCAAUAGUUUAACGUUACCCAGAAUGGUUUUAUUUGUUUAACCUUUUUUCGCUGGCUCAGAAAUGGUUCGACUGUUUCCUCACUGAUUAUUUGUACAAGAAAUCUGUGUUUCUAGUUAUGAUUCAACGGAUAUAUUCUUCAUGUUGGCACUGGGUUUACUAAUA